CCCUCACUGCCUCCAACGACGAGCACGACGCCUUCUCGACGACGCCCACGCCCACGACGAUGCAGAGCUCGGGUAAACCAGGUCCGUCCGACGUGGCCCCGUCCGAAGAGAGCACCGUCAAGAUGCGGGCGCGGGUCUGGCGCGCCUGCGAGACCUGCAGGAAACGCAAGAUUAAAUGUGACGGACAGGAUCCAUGCGCGUACUGUUUGUCCUCAGGAAAGACAUGCUCCUUCCGCGAGAUUCACGACAAUGCCGCCGGUGCAAGGCAAUAUGCCACCAACGUCGAUAACCGGCUUGCGAAGCUCGAGGAUACGGUACAGAAGAUGAUCCCCAUGGCGCGCGCCUUUGAGACCUGGCUCGAUACAGACGAUAGAGCGUUGCCAUUCCGGGGACUACGAGAGUCCUCCACGACGAGCGGGAAUCACCCCACCACUUCAUCCCACCACUCCACGGUCCAAGACACCUUACCGCCCUAUCACCCCUCCGCGGCCAUCCAGAAACUCGCCCGCCAUGCAGGAUCAGACCAAACCCAACCGUCAUCGACGCUCAGCCCAGCCCCCAGCUCACACGUCCUCGAACCUGAAGACGACGGUGGAGAAGGUCGAUGGUCGGACCGAUUCUCGCACCUGACGAAGGAUUCAUACGGCUCGCUACGAUACAUCGGAGGUGCAUCCUCAUACAUGCUCGUCGACGCCCUGAACUCGCUGCAAGACUCCCAGGCCGUCGAGGCCUCUCCUGCCUCCAACGGUUCCUCCAGCAAACAAGCCGUCGACAUGGAAUUUCCCUUCUUCACCCCCAACAAACAUUUCCGCCAACAGGACGCGCUCCCCCGCGCCGAACACAUCAAAUAUCCCUCCAGCACCGUCGCCGACGAGCUCGUCACGUGCUACUUCACGCACAUCCACCACACCUUCCCCAUCCUCCAACAGCAGAUCUUCUUGCGGAGAUACGUGGAGGCGAUGGAGAUGCGGCAUGCGGGGAAGCCGUCGAAGGAUUCUGCGUUUUUGUGUUGUCUUUUUGCGGUGUUUGCGUGUGGGGCGACGUUGACGGCAAGGCAGAAGGGGAGUUCGCAUCCGAAUUCGCCCGGUGGGGCUGCGGCGGGGAAUGGCAAAGAGAAGGAGAAGGAAAAACAGGCGGCGGCGAGUACGGCGGCGAAUUUUAGUGGGAUGGACUUUUAUGAGAGAGCACAGUUGUUGUUCUGGAUGGGUUCCGGUGGAUCUUCGAUUGAGCAUGUACAGUGCCUUUCGUUAUUGGCAAUUUGCAACGCUGGAUGGAACACACUUGCCCAGUCGUGGAUUAACGCCGGUCAAGCGAUCCGACGAGCUCAGGAUCUCGGUCUUCACCGUACGCCACGACGAACGCCCGUCAACGCAUUCGAAAAAGAGAUGCGGAGAAGGGUAUGGUGGUGCGUCUAUGGUCUCGAUCGCGUACUUUCCAUCGCGCUUGGAAGACCUUGUGGAGCGCAUGACGACGACUGUGAUGUUGAGAUGCCGGCGGAGCUGGACGAUGCGCAACUGCUAGCGACAUGUGAAGGGAGCACUGUCUCACCUGCGGGGACGACAAGUUAUAUGACUGGUUUCGUUGCACUACUGCGAAUCUACGUCAUCGCAGGCAAAGUCGUCCGUUUUGUACAGUCGCCCAGGUUCAAGGACCCAGACCGGGAAGACACAGAGGAGACGAUCAAGGUGUUAGGGAAUGAGCUCGAGGUUUGGCACCAAACGUUGCCACACAGUAUCCGGUUCGCGGCGAACGAGACGAAGAACCCGGAUAUGCUUGCGCUUUGUCUGAUCACGUUCUUUGUUUAUUAUUCUGCAAUCAUCAACCUUCAUCGACCUUUCAUGGCUGAUCCACCGACGACGCCGUCGGAUAUGCACCAUUUGAAUAUGUGUUUUACUGCCGCGAAGUCAUGUAUUCGGAUUGGUGAGAUCGUCAAGGAGAUGAUCCCGACCUCGCACCAUCUAGCUUUCGCCGUGCAACAUAUCACACUAUCCGGCGUCUUACUCCUCCGCUGUGUCUCCUACAUCAACGAGCCUGAGCUCAUCGCCAACCUCAUCGCCGAUGCCGAAAAGUGCGUGAAUAUCCUCGAGGAUAUGCAAGAUAUUUGGCGGGGCUCGAAACGUUGCAGAGAGAUCGUGUCGGACCUGCUGAAUGUCGUCAGGGGAAGGGUGUUGAACAUGGGUGGCAUGGCGGGCUUGCAGCAAGGCAUGCAGCAUGAUAGUCCGAUGAGCGGACAGGAUAGGGCGUCACAACAUGGGAGUGCUGGGAUGGGCCAGGGCUCGUUCACGCCAGAAUCCUCGUCGUCUGGGAAGCGCAAGCGGAACGACGUCGGCUUCCAGGACCUUCGCACACGACCGCGUCUCGACGAUCAUCGACAAAACACAGCGACGGGCCUGAGCCCACCACUCAUGCACAACUCUUACGGUCCUUCCUCGUCCUCAGCUUACGACGCCCAACCACAAGAUCCUCGCUCACACCAAAGGGUUUCCAACCUACGCACAUCGGUCGAGAUGGCCGAACAGCAGCAACAUUACGGUACCUCGUCCGACAAUACUAUGUCACACACAUCUCCCGUCGUUAGCGGGUUCAAUCCUCAUCCACACUCGCAUCAAAGUCGCAUGCUCACCGCCGAGCUCAUGCGUCCGCUUCCGGGCGACAUGCCACCUCCCGACACUCCCGGCGCAUACGGUGAUGGUAUUCCCUCGAACAUGACGCCAGACCCCACCAUCGGCGUCCCGUCGAACGGGAAGGCGUCCUGGGAGACGUCGAGGCUGCCGUUUUCGGGGUACGAUUUCUUGGGCGAGGAUUUGUAUGCGUUGUUGGGCAAUGGGGGGAGGACGAAUGCGGAGAUGAAUCCGCAGAUGUUCGAGGAGAAUGCGCAGUUGCUUUGGCAGGCUUAUGGGCAGCAGGACACGAUGGGCUUUGGGGGUGGUGAGCAGCGGUGAUGGGGUGUGAUUUAGGUUGGCUUUCUGCGUCAGGUUAUUUUGUGUUGUCGCGUUGAGCGAGUUGGGCCAGAGCGGGUGAUUGAGCGAAUUGGUCGAAGAGCUGGUAGGUCUGUGGUAUGGAACGAUCGAUGGUUUGUUCUAGUUUUUCUGUUUCAGGGCUUUGACCGUUUCUUUCUCUUGCUUAUGGAUGAUUUUAACCUGGCUUUAUGUCGUCAUGCCAAACGACUUCACAACUGAGCCGAGAGCUCCCUCCCCUCCUUUUACUUCCUUUUUUCUCUUCUCUUCUCGCUCUCGUUUUCCGUUUGUCCUGUCGCCGGCCUCUUGAUAUUUCUUGAUAUCUUGCCUUUCUCUUCUUCUCAUCUAUAUGGUCUCUUUGUUGUGCGCUGAUUUUUCUGUAGUUUUAAUCUGGUACCUUAUUCGGCUUUGUCUUUCGUGGGAGCCACCAUUGAAAUGUCUUUAGUCGACGACAGCAGUCUUCGUGUAAGUGGGACGACCCUCACGCAGUGUUUCC